ACGAGCUGCGGCGAAAGCUGACGUUUGCUUCUUCCUCUUCGCAACCCUUCAAUGUCGACGCAUCAUGCAGCAGUGAACUCGCACGCACACCCCGCCAGGGUCCUUUCUAAUGCAGCUAUCAACACAAUGAAUGAGGAUGUCAAUCGCAAGGAUGAGGAUGGGAUGACCCCUCUGCACUAUGCCGUGGCCAGUAACAAUCUCGAGCUGGUCAGGACACUCCUGAGACGCCCUAAAAUUGAUGUCAACGAGAAGGACCUCGAGUCGGGUUGGACGGCCCUUCAUAAGGCUCUCUAUCUUGGACAUCUCAGGAUUGCCUUGGAAUUGAUUCAACACAAGGAUAUCAACAUGACCAUCGAGGACAAGGAUAGGAAUACGGCAGUUGAUUUAUGCCAGGCAACUCUCCCUGUAUCCCUAAAGAUGGGGCCAUGCCCGGCGGACGCUCUAUACACCUGGGGAUCCAAUUCGAACUUCACUCUCGGACACAACGACGGCGAUGACAGGAAGAAUCCAGAGCUGGUCAAGUUUCCUUACCAAACCAAUACCAUCACGUUUCCGAGGGUCAAAUCGGCCAAGCCGAUAUUGUACCAGCUUUCCAUGAGCAAGUUCCAUACUGCCAUCGCGACAUCAGAGCCUGGAUUUACUGGCAAGUUGUGGGGCUUCGGUACUAAUGGAAGACUUGGAUCGGACCGAAAAAUGCAGAUGCGCCCGGCACCCAUAUCCGGAAUCUCUGGCAACAUUGUCUUCACCGCUCUGGGAAGGGAUCACACGGUUCUCAUCACCUCCAAGGGUGAGGUCUACACCCUUGGAAACAACAAGUAUGGUCAACUGGGAUACACCCUGGAUAUUCCCAAGAACGGUCAGGAUCCGAUUCAGGAUUCGCCGAAGCGGGUUGCCCUCAACAUUGCAAAACUCCCUAUCGUGGGCGCUGCAGCAUCGAAAUGGCAUACUGUUGUCCACACAGGAUCAGAGAUGUUCACGUUCGGUUUCAACUACGGUCAAUUAGGAUAUGAAAGAAAGGGCGAUAUACAGUUGGGGCCCAGAAAGGUUGCUUCGCUUCCCCCUGGUCUGAUCAUGCAGGUGGCAGCGUCCGAUGUAGCCACCGCCUGUCUCAUGUCUUCAAACGAUGUCAUCGUCUUUUACAAAUACGCAUACCACCGAGUGUCGUUCUCGCUCUUCCCUUAUCCUGAUUGGUUCUCUACCUUGUGCAUGCCGAUGGUCUUGAACGAGAACCGCCCAUGCAAGAUUUCCUGCUCGGAAAACAAGUUUGGAAUGAUGACGAGAUGGGGCGAUAUCCAUGUCUGGAGCUACCCGGAUGCAGAUGCCGGAAUUACACUCGGGUCUUUGCCUUCAAACCACUCCAUUCCGUUCUCAUCGAUUACACCGCCCGAGAAACCAAGACGAGUUUGGACGUACGGUGGAGACCGAACACAUGCCAUAGACUUUGCGCUGGGGCAAAAUGGCUCAGUUAUCAUGCUCACCAAAGGCGGGCAUGUUUACAUUGGUAUCAACAAGGGAAACACUGUCGGACGAAAUGUCAAGUGGCAAAGAAUCCCACAUCUCGAUCGUAUUGUGCAAGUCUACGCUAAUCCUAGUGGCGCGUGGGCAGCCCUACGCUCGGAAUCGACACUGACUCCAGUAGUCGUGCGUCCAGGAUCCCUCGGUUUUGAUAUGGAACAGUCGCUUUCUCAGUUUCAUCUGUACCGUAACAAUGAAAAGAAUCGAGACAAGAGUGUGCAGAACAGAGUUUUCAACGAUGAUGAUGAUGAGGAGGAAGAUGAGGACGACAAGGUGGCAGCAGACCCUUGGAGGAUUGAUACCAACGGCUGGCAGAAUAUUGAGAAGAGCUGGGAUUAUGAUGUCGUCCCGCUCCUGGAUAUGACGGCGAACCUCACCAACAACACCAGCAGCUCUGUCUCGGGAAGCCAUCUCUUUGAUGUGGAGAUUCAGGCGGGAAAGAGGAUACUUGGUGCACACAGAAUAGUCCUUGCAGCCCGGAGUCCAGUCUUCCAUCGAGCAUUCAUCGACACGCCUCGCUCCCUCACAAAUGUCGGGUCUCUUGUGGUAGUGGAUCCAACAGCAAGUGGAUCCACCAGCAGGACGCUCUACACCGUUCUCUUGAAGGUCGAAUUUGCCACAGCGGUGCUUCUUCUUCAGUUCUUGUACAGCGAUCGAUUCGAUCCGUUUUGGGAUGCGCUUGAUCUGCCCAAGGCCAAAAAGCAAUAUGCUCUCAAAGUCCGACAACAACUCUACCAUUUGGCAUUGGAGCUUUCGUUGCCUACUUUGCAGGCCGCUCUUCAAUACUCGUUUACUCAUGUCUGCAGCGCCAGUCUUUCAAAAGACAUGGAUCAAGUGGUACAGAGCCCGUCAAAGCUCAAAAGUCUAGCCGAUGUUCGAUUGCUACUCAAGGACAGCGCUUCUAUGGACGUUCAUCAGAUGAUCUUGGGACACCGCUCUCCAUUUUUCAACGCCAUGUUUGUCAGGACGGACGAAUGGAUCCGUGAGAGACAGAGUUGGAGACGUAUUUCAGACACCAGUGGAGAGAUUGAGGAUACGAUUCUGGAGAUUGACAUGAAGCAUAUGGACUUGGAGUCGAUGACCCUGGUCAUGAAGUAUAUCUACACCGAUUGCGGCCCAGAACUGUUUAAUGACACUGAAAAGGACGGCAUGGAUGAUCUCAUUCAGCUGGUUAUCAACGUACUUCAAAUUGCAGACGAGUUGCUCAUAGACCGACUGAAAGAGAUUUGCGAGAAUGUUCUAGGCGAGCAAGUCCGUGCAAAAACUGUGGUUGCCUUUUUAGAAAUCUCGUUGAUGUAUGCGGCCGACUCACUAAAAGUAACCUGCAUCGAUUACCUGUGCCAUAACAUCGAAAUGGCCCUUGAUCAGAGAUGGCUGGAGGGCGUCGAUGAUGAUAUUUUGAUAUUGGUGGAGAGGGCUCUGAAAGACAAGCAGGAUGCCUUUAUGCCUUAUGUGCGGUCUGGACGCCAUCUCCCGGACCCGGCAGUAGUAGGAGAGAUGAAGGAAUCAAUCAAGGUCGGAGGCUAUCGGUUCUAUCGUCCACGCGGAACCUUCAAGCCCGACGUAUCAAAAGGUUCUCGACAAAGUCAUGAGCGGGACAUGGAGCAUAUGCAUACCGCCCAGCGAUCAGCAACCAUUGUUGCAGCUCCGCGAGUUUUGUCAUCGUCUUCGCGACUUGCACUUGCUUCAUCCACUACAGCGCCGGUCAUACCGCUCUCGUCAACAUCUGACAGCGCGCGUGCGCCAGGUCCCAUCGAAAAUAUCUCGCCUAUCUUGCAGGGUCUUGAGAGAUCUGGAUCGCUAUCAAAUGCUCAGGGCACUCCAGAUUGGCCAAUGCUCUCAGAUGCGCCUGUGGCAGGGAGGAGAGAUAUCCCAGCACUGACGACGAGGAAGACAAGCUGGGCCCACGUUCCGAAUGUGGAAAGCACACAGAUGUCUCGAGCUGGUCAGGAUGCAGGGGCAGCAGAUAAUUUGUCGAGGCCAACCCUACGUGAGAUCUUGGAACAGGAGCAGCGUCAGGGACAGGCGCAUCCGAACAAGGGCCUCAGCAUUCCUGUCGCUACGGCCGUUACUCAAAAGACAAGUAAACUGUCGCAAAAAGAGCGCCGGAAAAUGCAGCAACAGCAACAAUCGCCAUUAUCGUCCGACCCGGCUCAGGCGACUCAAUCUCCGCCUGCCUCGCAGGCCUGGGCAAAAGUACCGCCUGCGCAUUCUCUGGACCUGACUCUUGGAGGCGUUGAUGGAUCGGGAUUACUGCGAAGACAAAAUUCUGCGGGAAUUGCUGGGACUCCAGUUAGCACUCCUACUCUGCUUGACAUUCAGCAGAGCGAACUCUCGCUCUUCCGAACUCAGCCCAAGGAGGUCCCUCGUGUCGCUAUUGCCACCUCGAAGCCUGUCAAGGAGACAACGCGAACGAAUACAGCGGAAAGAACAUUUUCAGAAGCGCCUUGGAGAUUGGAUGCGAUCCCAGAGCCCUUGCGAGCUGUUACCAGGCACCAAAGUCAGAUGUAUCCCAAGCUGGAAUCCAAUGCUUCGUCAGCAGGAUCAUUCUCUUCGCCAUCCCUGGGUCCUGUCCGAAACGGCCUUCCAUCAAAUGGUUCGUCGAGUGAGCUGGCUGCAAACAAUGGCAGCGCAAGCGGCGCAGACACACCGGCACCAACAGCAACAGCUCUCUCGACCUCUGGAAUGUCUGUUCCUUCGCCCUCUGCGUCAUCAGCAUCUGCGUCUUCUUCGCUCUCGUCAUUUGCAAUUAUCCAGAACCAGCAAUUGAGGGACCGAAACAUGUUGUUGCGGGCACGGCAUCACAAGAAGAGUCUUUAUCAGAUCCAGAUCGAGGAACAGGCAUUGAGCCAGCUCCGAGCAAUGAGCCUUGACCGCGUGCGUGCUAAGGCAGCGGGGGGUACUGGUGAAUGGUUCACCUGCGAGAUAGGCCAACAAUAUUAGUAUUCCAUUGCUCAAUAGACAACCCUGCCCGCCCUAUGGUAUUUAUGUUUCGUUUUUGCUGUUUUUGUUUGAGAGAGAUUUCCGCAGAGACUUCGUAGACACUCGAUCCCGGGCGAGGCGUAAGCCAGGACGAUAUAGGUGUGUCCCCGCCAGGACCUGGCCCUCAAUGAGGGACUGAUCAGGUCACUGUUGCUGAUGUCUUGCUGAACACUAGCACUGCCUUGCUAUGGUAGAAAGAACAAAAGAGUGACUCUGUGCGAGCG